AUGCACCUCAAUGAAUCAGUUGUUAUUUCAGUCAACAGUAAAUUGCAGUCUCGCCAGAGAUUUGGACAUAUAUGCAGCAAAGUAUACGAGAAAGUUAUUAAUUUGGAGUCGUCGUAUAGCAAAAGCGCAAACGUAGCGAGUAUUUCUGUACUUGACUUCAAUCGUGGAAAAGAUAAGGGUUACGGUAACCUGAUGAGAUCAGACUCGCAUCAUCAUACCAUUGCAAACCAGACUGUAUCGUUAGAGCAGGAGACAGGAGAGGAUAUGACACUGAUGAAUGAUGGUUCUACCGAUGCUACUGGUGAUGUUAAUUGUGGUAAUGGCUGUCGUUUGGAUAGUUUAGGUGGAGGUGGUGGUGGUGGUCGUUAUGGGGUGAGCGCUGAUAGUAUUGGUGGUGGUGGUGGUGGUGAUAUUGGUGGUCGUUGUGCUGUGAGUGCUAGUGGCAUUGAUGGUGGUGAAGACGAUGAUAGUGAUGGUGGAGGCGGAAGUAUGGAUAGUGGUGAUUACGUUGGCGAUGAUAAUUCUAAUGUUGAUUUAACUUUUGCAAGUUCAGAAUUAAUAACAGAUUUCUCUGAAACAGGUAGUUGGGCCUUAGAUAAGUACCCUGUCCUUGUCGCAACUUCAAGAUUCGAAAAUAAUUUAAAUUCCAGAAUCUUCGCAGCUUUCAGGAAAACGGAAACCUUAGAAGAGAUACCACAUGGGACAUCUUCGAAUGAACAGGCACCGGACGAUCGACAAGGAUCUGCAACUCCUAUGGUAUGA